AUGUCUCGCAAGAGUAGAGGGAGCAAUGCGCCGGCACGACUACCUGAGUCUACUUUCAUUAUCGACAACGGUGGGUACAACAUCAAAGCCGGCUUUGCGCCGCAAUCCGAAGAGAACGAUGAAGCGACCAUCGCCCGAUGUCGACUGGUUCCAAACGCAAUCGUGAGAAGUCGAGACCGGAAGACAUACAUUGCAGCCCAAGCAGAUGAGAAUAUCACACAAUGGAGCGAAGCUAUCUUCCGGCGGCCCGUCGAGAACGGCCACAUCGUGAGUUGGGAGGCCGAGAAAGCAGUGUGGGAGCAGUCAUUUUUCAGCGCAAAAGCACCAUCAGAGGUCCAGAUCAAGGAUGUAGAAAGCACGACGUUGGUGCUUGGGGAGUGUCCGAAUAUGCUGCCUGCUUUGCAGAAGAACACAGAUGAGAUCGUCAUGGAGGGAUUUGGCUUCGGCGGGUACACGAGGGUGAAUUCUCAAUCCUUGAACGCGUUCAACGAUCUACACCCACUCUUCGAAGGAACGGCCAGAACAAUCCCCGACAGCAUAUCCGAGUUGCCCAUGGAGUGCUUGUUGGUGAUCGACAGUGGAUACUCCCAUACCCAUGUCACACCUGUGCUAAAUGGGCGACCUGUGCAGCGGGCCAUACGCCGUCUCGACUUCGGCGGCAGGCACUUAACUAACUUGAUGAAAGAAAUCAUCUCAACCCGUCAGUUCGACCUCUCCCAAGACACCAAGAUUGUGAACGACAUCAAAGAAGAUAUAUGCUUCGUCAGCGGCGACAUCAACGGCGAUCUCGAGAAGACCUGGAAAGGCAACAAGCAUCGACCAACACCUGGCACAGAUGGCAGCGAAGACAUCAGAGUCGACUACGUACUACCGGACGGCAUACGUCUCCUCCGUGGCUUCCACCGACCUCACGACCCAUCAGCCUCUGCCGCACGGAAACGCAAGGCGAAUUCCCUAGCACCCGAUUCCGAAGUAGCCAUGACACUUGGCAACGAGCGCUUCACUGUCCCAGAAAUCAUCUUCAACCCCUCAGAUAUCGGAUCGGGGCAGCCUGGCCUCGCAGACGUGGUCAUGCAGUCCAUGGCGACAUUACCGCCGCUCAUACAGGCGACCAUGCUCUCGAAUAUCCUGGCCGUUGGCGGCAAUGCCAACAUUCCGGGAUUUGUGGAGAGAUUGCAGAAUGAUCUGCGAAUGCGAGUCACGACGGAGUGGGAGGUGCGCGUGCGGAAAAUGCAGAACCCCAUCCUCAGCAGCUGGCUGGGUGGAGUGAGGCUCGCGGGUCAGCACAGGGAGUUUCUACGCAAUUAUGCGGUGACGAGGGAGGAGUACUUGGAAAAUGGCAGUGGGUGGACUGCAAGGAGGAUGCUUUCUGGCGCUACUUGA